AUGGAGAGAACAAAGGCAUCGCUCUUGAAAGUCCAGCCUCCCACGUACGGGAACAUCAUCACGGUCCUCAGCAUAGACGGAGGCGGAGUUAGAGGGAUCAUCCCUGCCACCAUUCUUGCUUUCCUGGAGUCCGAACUCCAGGAGCUAGAUGGGGAGGAUGCUAGACUGGCGGAUUACUUCGACGUGAUUGCUGGAACGAGCACGGGGGGUCUAGUGACGGCCAUGUUGACCGCGCCUAAUGAGGAGGAUCGCCCUCUCUUUGCGGCCAAGGAUAUCCAGUCCUUUUAUCUCGAGCACAGUCCCAAGAUUUUCCCACAGAAAAGGGGAACGUGGGGGAGAGCAAGGAAGUUGGUAAAGUCAUUGAGAGGUCCCAAGUACGAUGCGGAAUACCUUCGUGGGCUAAUAAGGCAGAAACUUGGAGAGACUCGUUUCCAUGACACAUUGGCUCAUGUCGUCAUUCCCACCUUUGACAUCGAGCGUCUUCAGCCUACCAUUUUCUCCUCCUACGAGAAAUCUGUCAAUCUCGUCCAUCAUGUUAUAAAAUCUCCAUCUCCGGACGCUCGGCUCUCGGACAUCUGCAUUGGUACAUCGGCCACCCCAACUUAUCUACCCGCUCACUAUUUCAGCACUCGGGACAUUCAAGGACAUACCCGUGAAUUCCACCUCAUAGACGGUGGAGUUGCCGCAAACAAUCCGGCAUUGGUGGCUAUAUCCCAGGUGACCAAGCAGAUAUUCGAUGCCAAUCCCGAUUUCUUCCCCAUUGGUGCAACAGACUGUGGACGAUUUCUAGUGAUCUCGAUCGGGACCGGGUCGCCGAAGAUAGAGCAAAAGUACAACGCUAAGAUGGCCGCGAAAUGGGGAACCUUGGGGUGGCUUCUUCAUGGUGGUUCAGUUCCGUUGGUGGAUGUGUUCACUAUGGCCAGUGCAGACAUGGUGGACUUUCAUAUUUCUGCAGUUUUCCAAGCACUCCAUUCUGAAGAAAACUACCUCAGAAUCCAAGAGGAUACAUUAACCGGGAAGGAUUCAUCCGUUGACAUUGCUACGAAGGAGAACUUGGAGAAGCUCGUGCAUAUCGGUGGAAGGUUAUUGAAGAAGCCCGUCUCUAGGGUAAACCUCGAAACCGGUUUAUCCGAACCGAUUACCAAAGGGACCAUCAAUGCCGAUGCUCUAAAGAGGUUUGCAAGAAAACUCUCUGAGGAAAGAAGACUUCGAGAGUCUCGAUCUCCAAACGCCGACAAAAGCUCACAACAUUGAAGAUGGCAACGUCUUUUUGUUACUCCUUCUAUUCAUUGAACUAAUUGGUGACCCUUUGCAAAUUUUUUUAUUAAGCAAAGAGUUAUGUAGAGAGGCAUGGUCAGUAACCUUGUAUCUUUUA